AUGUCGGACCUCCGUCACUCAGCUACCGAGGCCAAGCGUGACCAUGACCACAAGGCCAAGUGGGCACGCGGAGCGCGUCUGGACAAUAGCGGCCGGUGGGCGAGCUGGGACAUGAGCUCUGCUACCAGUCCGAUGCGACUGCGUCCCGCACUCCCUCCAUCAUCUGCUACACAAACUGUCCUGAAAAGGUACAACGAGUCCAGUCUCCGAUCGGCUCGUCAUGCCGUCUACACCCACUUCCAGCAUGAUGUAAAGGAAGCACUUUCCAGCGACUCCUCUUCCGACGAAGCAGUUCACGAGGCUCUCUCCCCAGAUGGAAUCCUUGCCGACGACCCCCUUGCCGUUUAUGCGAUUUCUGGAAAUACCGUCCUCUCGAAUGCCGUUUCCACUGCUGAAACCAAGUACGAGAACAAAGUGACCGAAAAGCUCGCCAAGGAAUACGAGUUUGUCUCGAAGCAGGACGACAAUGGUAACGGCGGCUAUGUCGCGGAUGUCGACGACUUUGAGAUAAUCGAGCACGACGCUUGUGCUCAGAUGUUGGUCAAUGGAAUUUAUGAGAAUGUAUCAAAUGCGCUAACCGGAUUGCGGCAAGCUUCAGUCGCCUGGGAAGUCGCAGGCCGCCAAGAAGUGUUUACAUCCCCAAACAACUCUGACCCUUACGACACAGCCAUCAUAGCAACCGCCUGGAAAACAACCUGCAAAAUGGAGAGGCGCACUGCAGAAAGCCCAAUGGACUUUGAGUGGCAGACAAGAGCCCCAGGCGAUGUGACUUCGCCGUUCUAUCAACUGGGUCUGCAGCACGACAAGCAGAAAAAGCGUCAGUCACAUCGCUCCCUGGCAUUUAGCAUAUUCGAUCCUCAUAGCAAAAAGCAAUCUACUCUCCCACAAUCAUUCAAUUUCUCACAACCGUCCCCGCAACGUCCUGGAUCGCCAUCUCGCCCAGGCGCCAUCUUUGGCAAACCCGCCUUUCAGACCCCUCGCAAGUUCGACCUAGACUUCUCCUCUGGUGCAGAGAACAUGUCCUCGCCCGAUAAUGCGGACAAUGAAGAUACACCCGAGAAAGCUCCUCCGAAAAGGAAAGAAAAACGCAAUUCGCUGUUUGGAUUAUACGGUCGGUUUGCGCCUAGCCCUGGGCGAGGAGAAAUCCCACGAGUAACAAAACAUACUUCUGACCAAGCACGGCGAAUCCACAAACGACGAGUGCGGGAUCGUGAUAUUGACCGGCAUCUGCGGAAAGAUAGCGAUUAUGAUAGCGAUCGGCCGAGUAGCCGGGAAGAGAAACAAGCAUUAUGGAAGAGGACGGACAAUAAGAAGUCAGAACCUACCACACCUUCAGUACCUUCGCAGAGUUGGACUUGGGCACAUUUUUUUGCCUAUCUCGAUGCGCAUCCGAAUUUACCCGCAGUUUUAUCGUAUUGGCUACAACUGGUCUGGAAUAUGCUUCUUUUUUCUUUGGUCACAUGGAUUGUUGCUUCCUUCGUUUGGACGAUUAAACAAGACAUUGACCAUGCAGCAGAUGCCAAAAGAAAUGAUAUAUUAAGCGAGAUGUCAACUUGCAGGGAGCUAUACCUCCAAAAUAGUUGCAAUAUGGCUGCUCGACCUCCAGCAUUGAAUGAUGUUUGCAACAAUUGGGAACGUUGUAUGGAUCAGAACCCUGGAAGAGUUGCGCGUGCCACGGUGUCGGUACAAACGAUAUCAGCCAUUAUUACCGGCUUCGUCGAUGCAAUUAGCUUCAAAGCUUUCUCUUACUUUCUAUUAACCAUCACAACAAUUACUGUGGCGAGCAACUGGUCUUUCAUUGCACUGCGAAACCAAUACACCAAAAAAGAAGAUGGAUAUAUAUAUCCAAACGUUCAGAAUCCACCGCCUCAGGCACCGUAUCAACAACCAAAAAAAUGUCUUCCUCCUGCCUCUUGGCCACUUGAAGAUCACUACCCUCCAGAGUAUCCCAAAACCCCUGGCCGUGGCGAGGGUAGCCCAACUCGGAACCACUAUCACAACUAUCCGCGCGGUUUUGAUCUUGAUAAACAGGAGGAGCAAGAAGAACCGCAACUUCUUCUUGAGAAUACACCGUCCCGAAGCAUGAAUUUUGUGACAGAACGAAGCCGUGACCGACAAUUGCAUGCGCGUAUACCUAGUCCCUCCAAGAGGGACAGGUACAUGUAG